CGGGGGCGGUCGUUUAAAAUGGCGGAGAGUUUGAGUGAAGCGCAACUUGGAGCUCGAGUGACGCAAAAGUUGUUGAAUCUGAAAUGCCCAUUUCUGGAAGGAGUCAAUGUGAAUGAUUUGGAUGCAGUUAUUCAGUUGUUGUGCACGCCCAGUGUAGACAGACUUCAAAUCUUAGAAUGGUUAUGCAUCAGCUGCUACCCACCACUUGAAAGAAAAUUUGCAGAAUUACGUUUUCAUUCUAUGCAAGACUAUGGAACAGACCUCGUCAUAAAAAAAAUGACAUGGCUUGGUCAUAGCUUGGGGGUCUGCAGUGCUGAAGAUUAUGAUCUCUUUUUGGGUCAAGAAAGUCCUUGUAGACAGUUGUUGAUGAUGGAUAAAAUGCUGGGUGGCCUUCAGCAAUAUAAACAAAUUACAACAGCAUCAACAGAUUUAGCAUGCAUUGAUUCUGUACAUGCAUGGAAUUCCCAGUUACUCGCAGAAGUUCGAAAUGACCCUCAUCUUCGAUCACCUGCAAAACUGGAUUUCAACCUCUCUCUUGAUGCACACAGACUUCUUAAAAGAGCUGAGGCCAAUUUUGAAUCACGAGGGAAAAAGAGAUGUUCGCCACCUUCUACUCAUUCUAUGGAGAAAAUGUUGGUGAAACUCUCUGAGGAAUUAAAGGAAACAAAUGGAUACCUUGAAGAGAUGAAGAAAACACUUGUUUUUCUGGGUCCCACUGAGAAUAACGAUACCACCUUUCAAACCUUGAAGCUCACGCUUUCAGACUUCCAUCAGCUGAUGACUGUGUUUUCUCUGACGUUUGAGCAUGAAUUUGGUAUGCACUGUGACAAAGCACCACCUGAACUUUGCAACUUUGGAUCACUCUGCAGAGCUGUCCAUAAGCUUCUGACAUCUUGUGUUGAUGAGCUUGCAGCCUUGGCAGAAAUAAGUGACACAUGCAGGAAGUUGGAGACAAUCGUGAAUGGACUUCAACAAGAUGUGAUAAACUGGGAAGGUGGUGACGUUGCCACACUGCCGGUACAGGUUAAAGAGGUGAAGAAGAAAUACACUGAAUUUCUGGAAGUCUUUCGGGCCAUGCAUAAUUAAAUUGUAAUUCUGUAUAUAGUGUACAUAGUAUGUUCUUUCAAUGUUGACUCCUGCAAAGCUCUUUACACAAAUUCUUCAAAAAUAAAGCUCCUCAAAAUGCUAGAGUGGAAUGUUGAUUCUAAAACUUACUGUACAGUGUAGUGAUUUUGUUCAAAGUUGAUGAUAGGGUGCAACACCCCAAUCAAUUUUAUGUCAUUGUCUGUUUUUAAUAACCAUGUGAGGUAAAUGGUGUUAAAUGAGAUUCCCCAGUGGAACUUUUUUUUAAUAAAGCUUUUAUUGACUAAAUAGUUGAUGCUUUACAAAUUUUGCCUGAAGUAUUGCUGUUUGUCAUUUUGACUUUUUUUCUGAAAAGAGCUUAUGAAAUAAAAAUAUUUAUAUUCUA